AAAAAAAAAAUUAGAAAAUUAGGCAGUAUUUUUUUUUGACGUUACGAAUUUAUCUUGGAUUUCUAAGGAUUUAUAUAUCUACCUUACUAUUCAUUCAAGUGUUUUAUAGACAAAACAACAUUUAUUAUUACUAUGCCAACGUGAAUUAAAACUGAGAACAUGACUGAUUCUGGAGUAGAUACUAGUAACGAGAGCAGUGAUAAUCCUGUAUUCGACCAUUCUCAAUGUAUAUUGGAAUUUAACGCACCCGCGAUUCCUAUAAAUCAAGUUGGGCAACCAAUGCCUAUAGAAUUUUUUGGUGAACCUCAUGAUCAUAUCGGUAAAAUUAAAUGUUGUACAAAAGGACGACAAUACAGAUUAAACAAAUACCGAUGUGGGGCAACCAUAACUUCAUCAAGAAACCAAAAAUUACGAUUUGCUGCAUCAACAAACAAUACAGAGCUAGUGGAGAAGUUAUUGUCGUCUGGCGCUGAUCCGAAUACAUCGGAUGAAUUUAAAAGAAGUCCACUCCAUUUAGCUGCUUGUCGCGGGUAUGUUGAUGUUGUGAAGACUUUAAUAAGACACGGUGCUAAUCCCAAUAUAAAAGAUACGUUAGGAAAUACGCCCCUACAUCUUGCUGCAUGUACGAGCCAUAUACCAGUGGUUAUUGAACUACUCGAUGCUGGAACUGAUGUGAGUGCCAAUGAUAGAUUUGGGCGGAAUCCUGUGCAAUUGGCUCAGAGUAAGCUAAAACUUAUACAGAUGCGACCCAGUGGAGCGGGACAUUUCGAAGAAACUAAACAACUUAUUGGCGAGAUUUGUCUUGUCGUGGAGAUGAUGCUAAAGUAUAUGAAAAUUCAAAGAGCAGAUGCAGGUGACUUGGAAUCCGUCCGCGAAAGGCUGGAACGUGUUAGUACUCGAGAACAAGUAGAUUCUGAAGUUCAAAACUUGCUAGACAGUCUGGAUUCGUUAAAGUUAAGAUAAAGCGCCCAUGUUUUAGAAAAAUUUAAAUAUUUAGAAGACUGUUUACAUUGACAUGUCCUUGUUUAUAUUUGGAAGUGUUAAGCUGACAGUGAUUAAUAUCAAAAUGUUCUACCUAGUUGUAAGAAGUAAAUUGACUGCUUGUUGUUCAAUAAGCAUUCAAAAUUUGCCCCCAAAAUAUGAAAAUUUGAUUGAUUUAUAACUUUUCGUAAAUCAAUACUAUAUUGUAAAGAGUGAGCACAAAUAUUAAUUAGAUAUGUUUUUAUUUCUAUCUAAUAACAGAAUUCCUGUCUGUAUAGUGAAACUUUUUGCUUUUUUUUUAUUGUUACUACCUGGUUACUAUAAUCUGUAAAUUCUUACUCUUAACAAUAUUCUCAAAUCUAAUUUUGAUCUCAUUGCAUUUGAUUGAAAUUAUAAUAUGAUAAUUUUAGAAAAUAUGGCUGGGAAAAAUGUCACACAUUUUAUAGAGAAUUAUGGCCUGAUCCCUUUUUGUAGCUAUUUAACACACAGGCAAUACCUGUGUUGAAAACUGAGACAUUAAUGACCACCAAUGGUUCAUACAUCAUGAAAAAGUCAAAUUAUCCAUAGGUUUGUCUUUAAUGGAUGAUGCUAUUGUAAUACAGAUAUCUUAAAUCACAAUAUACUCUUUAGGACUCUUUAAAUCUUCAAUUUUAGGUAACACAAAGCUCACAGUAAUUCCACAACAUUUUUGAGGUAACUUUCUUUUCUCUGUUUAUUUUAAAUAUAUCUUGUAGUCUUAAAUACUGUAUAAAAAAUAUUCUGCCCUCAUAAGCCAAAGUGGUUCUCAAAAUCAUUUUUUUUUUUUUUACAUAAUAUAGCCAGCUUGACCAAUUCUCUAACCAAUGUAAUAAAAUAUAUUAUUUUACGAUAACUGUUUUGUUUUAUGAAAGCAGUAUUAUUCUCAUUUAUUUUGAUGAUGUCAGAGAUUAUAUGACAAACUUCAUGCAGAUAUAUAAAUCGCAAACAGGUUGCCUAUCUAGAUCACAGAACUACAUUCUCUAAAAUAAAAUCUAACUUAACUUUUUUACCAACUCCCUCUGGCUAUUAAUGGAAAUUGAGUAUUAGUCCAGAGAAUAUAACAAGAAAUAGGGAAAAUAUAGAUGAAUCUGAGAUUUUCCAGUACAAACAGAUAAACAGACUACCCUCAUGUGUAAUAUAUAUAAUUUUAUGAAAUUCAACAUGAAAUAAAAGGUUUUUUAUAUUCAAUAAAUAUUGCAUUCACAAUGCCAUAUUGAUAUUUAAUAAUAUAAAUACUUAAAAAUUUGCCAUUGCCAGG